AUGUUGGUUUGUUGGUUGUUUGGGGUGUUUGUAUGUUUGUUUGUGUGGAUAUUGUUUGGGGUGUUUGUUUUGUUUUUUGGUGGGUGUGUGGUGUUUGUUAUGUGUGGUUGGUGUGGGUGGGUGGGUUUGGGUGUGGGUAGGUGUUGGGGGUGGGGUGGGGGGGGGUUGUUGGUGUGGGGGGGUGGUUGUGUGGAAGGGGGGUGGGUGGGUGGGGUGGUGGGUGUGGGUGAUUUGGGGGUAUGGGGGGAAGGUGGGUGGGUGAAGGGUGGGAUGUGUGGUGGGUGGUGGAGUAUGGGAGGAUGGGUGGGUGGGUUGGGAGUAUGGGAGGAUGGGUGGGUGGGUUGGUGGGAUUAUGGAGGAUGGUGGGUGGUGGUGGGAGUAUGGGAGGAUGGGGGGUGGGUGUGGGAGUAUGGGAGGAUGGGUGUGGUGGGGGUGGGUGGAGUAUGGAGGAUGGGUGGUGGUGGGUGGGAGGGGAAGUAUGGGAGGAUUGGUGGGUGGGUGGGGUGUGAUAUGGGAGGAUGGUUGGGUGGGUGGGUGGGAAGGGGGAGGGGAGUUGGUGGAGAGGGAGAUAUGGGGGUGUGUGGGGGUGGGGUGGAAGGAUUGAGGUUGAUGUAUGAGAGGAGGGGUUGUGGGGUGGUGGUUGUGGUGGUUGUUUGUUGUUUGGGGGGUUUUGGGUUUUGUUGUGGUGGGUGGGUUGUGGUGAUGUUUUUUGUUGUGGGUUAUAGUGGGUUUGGGGGGGGGGGGGGGGGGGGGGGGGGUUGUUUUUGGUGUGUGGUUGAGUGGUGUUUUGUUGUGUGGGGGGGGGUGGUUGUGGUUGGUUUGGGUGUGUGGUGUGUUGGGGUUGUUUGGUUUUUUUUAGUGGUGGUUUUGUUGUGGGUGGUUGUUUGGGAUGGGGGUUGUUGGGGGGUGUGGGGUGGGGUGUGGGGUGGUGUGGUGGGGGUGUGUGUGGUGGGUGGGGGGUGUUUUGUUGGUUGGUUGUUGGUGGGGGGGGUGUGGGUUGGUUGGUGGGGGGUGGGGGUGGUUUGGUGUGGGGGUUUGUGGGGGGGGUUUUGUGGUUUUGGGGGGUGGUGGGGGGGGGGUGGUUUGGGUGGGUGGUGUUUGGUUUUGGUGGGUUUGUGUGUUUUUUUUGUUGGUGUGUUUGGUUGGGGUGGUGGGGGGUGUGUGUUUGGUUGUUUGGGUUGGUGGGGUUGGUGUGGUGUUUGGUGGUGUGUGGUUGGUUUUUUUGGGGGGAGUGGGGGGUUGGGGGGGGUGGGGGGGGUGUUGUUGGUGGGGGGGGGGGGGGGGUGGGGGGUAGGGGUGGGUGGUGUGGGGGUGUUGUUGUUUUGGUGGGGGUGGGUUUGGGGGGUGUGUGUUUUGGGUGGAGGAUGGUGGGGGGGGGUGUGGUGGUUGGUGGUUGAGGGUUGUGUUGUAAUGGUGGUUGUUUUGGGGGGGGGGGGGGGUUGGGGUGGUGGGGGUGGGUGGGGGGGGGUGUGGGUGGGGGGGGGGGGGGGUGGUGGGUGGGGGGGGUGGGUGGGGGUUGUGGGAGGUGCAGGGGGGGUGGGGGGGGGGGGGGGGGGGGUGGGGGGGGUGGGUGGGUGUGUUUGGUUGGGGGGGGGGUUAGGGGUGGGGGUUAUUGGGGGUGGGGUGUUGUGGGUGGGGGUGGAGUGGGUGGGGGGGUGGGUGUUGGUUGGUGUUGGUGGGGGGUGUUGGGUGUGUUUGUGUGUUGAGGGGUGGGGGGGGUGGGGUUGUGUUGGGGUGUUGUGUUUUAUUUGUUGGUUGUUGGUAGGGGGUCUGUUUGUGUGGUUGUGUGGGGGGUUUGUUUGGUUGUGGGGGAUGUGUGGUUUUGGGGGAUGUGGUUUUGGGGGGGGGGGGUGGUGGGGUUUGGGGGGUGGGGGAUUGGGGGGGUGGUUUGUAUGGGUUGGGGUAGUGGAGGGAGGUGGUGGAGUGGGGAUGAGGGUUGAAAAUGGAGUUAGGGUUGUUUUGGUUUGGGGUGGAUUGGUGUGUGGGGUGUUGGGGGGUUGGGGUUGUUGUGGGGUUGUGUUUGAAUGGUUUGUUUGGUGUGGGUGGGUGGGGAUGUGGUGUGGGUAUGUGAUUGGGUUUGUGGGUGGGGGGUGGGGAAUUUUGGUUGGGUGGGUGGUUGUUGUGGAAGGGUGGGUGGUGGGUGGUGGUGGGUGUAGGGGAUGGGGGGGGAAGAAUGUAGGAUGUGGGUAUGGUGGUGUAUGA